AGAGAGAGGAAAAGCGAUGAUGGACGGAUAAAGAUGCGCUGUGUGGAUUUAUUUCACAGCUUCAGACCAAGACACUGCAUCAUGUGUGCAUGAAGUUUGAGAAGUUGCCCUGUCCAAGAUGGCGGCGACGCGGACGCACUUUUUCCCGUGACGUCACUUCCUGGAACCGGACCGGAUGUAGAAGAGCGAGUUCCCUCUUGUUGUUUACGUGCGGGAGGGGAGGACGCGAUGGACGCCUCGAAGAAAGCCGCUCUGGUGGCGGUUCUCACUCGGUACAAACAGCUGCAGGCCAGACACCUGCUGCACGUGCAGAAGCUGCACGAGGAGGACCGGAAACGGAGGAGGGCGGCCAUCUUGGCUUUGCUUCAGUCCCGGCGGAUGAGCAGCCUGAGGACGGGAACGGAGUGGGAGGCCAUGCUGAGCAUGGAUGACCACACGUUCACCCGUCACUUCAGAAUAGCUAAGUACCAAUACGAGUACCUCCUGGCGAAGCUCCAGGAGGGCGGGCUGAAGAGCGAACACAGCCAGGGAGUGCCGCCGAUACCGGCGCCCAAGAAGCUGCUGAUGUUCCUCUGGUUCAUGGCCAACCGCAGCGGCCUCCGGGUGCUGUCCGACAAGUUCGACGUGUCGCAGUCGUCGGUGCACCGCGUCACGCACCAGGUGCUCACCGUCAUGCUGGGCCUCGGCUCCGACUUCAUCGCCUGGCCCAACGGCUCCCAGAAGAGGGCCUCGGCCGUCGCCUUCCGCCGCAUCUGUGGACUGGAUCGGGUCAUCGGGGUGAUCGACGGCUGCCACAUCAAGCUCCAGAGACCGUCCGAGAGGGGCGGGGACUUCAUGAACCACAGGUCCUACUACUCCGUCCUCCUCCAGGGCAUCGUCAACGAGCAGGGGCGCUUCAUCGACGUGUUUGCCGGGCUGCCGGGGAUGGUGCAGGACGCCAGGAUGUUGACUGAAUCGCAUUUCUACCCCGAGUCGCAGGAGAAGAUGGGGGAGUACUUCUUACUGGGGGACAGUGCCUACGCCGAGCGGGCCUUCCCCUUCAUCAUAACGCCCACCCAGGACGACGGCACGCUGAGCGAAGCGGACCUGAGGAGGAAUACAAAGAUAAGCCAAGGCAUGAGCAUCGUGGAGCAGGCCUUCGGCAGGAUGAAGUGCAGGUGGAAGCGUCUGCGGGACCUGCAGACCACCCGCCUGGACCGGGUCGUCAUGAUCAUCCUGGCCGCCUGCUGCCUGCACAACCUGUCUCUCGGUACUUUUGAUGUGUGUCAACACUAUCCGCACGACUGUCCCAGGCAAGACGACGACAACGUGUAGCCCAACGCUCCAUUCUGGCCAUCACUCAGCGGUUUAACCUCUUUUCCACCACCCCAGAAGUUACGGUCACUUCCCGUCUCAGUGCUCGGAAUUCGUGAAAAAGCAAACCUGCCCAAAUCAGAAUCUUUAAACUAUUCAUCCAGAAAUGUUCCCAGUUCAAAGUGAACUCCACAUGUCCAAAUGUAACUUUGUAAAUAUUUCAAAGUAAAUUAAUCAGUCAUGAAUAUCCACCCUUAAAGUAGAACUAUGCAAGAUUUGCUUUAGCGCUCCCCCUACUGGUCUCCUGUGAAAGCUCACUGUCGUAAAUGUCCUCCACAUCACCCCCCCCCCCCCCCCCCCCCCAUCCC